CGAGGCAGAAAUAUGGUGCCGGGAAAGGUGUUCCCACUGCUCUUGGUCUCCUUGGGCCUAGCUCUGGCGGACUUGGAGGAAAACGACCGCAGCUCCCCGCCCCUGGCCAAGCGCUAUUCAGAAGGCACCUUUAUCAACGAUUACAGCCGGGCCCUCAGCAGCCUGCAGGAGAAGAAGUUUGUGGACUGGCUGCUGAAGCAGAAGGAACGAAAGAAAGACUACAUCGGCACCAGAUCAGGCCGGGACCUCCAAACCCGCCAAGACGCAGAGAGGGGAGGACUCGGCGGGACGGCCGGGAACCCUGGAAACCCCGGGAACAGACAGAGGUCUCUGCCGGUGCCAGACAUGGAGGUGCUGAUUGCCGGCUGGACCGAUGACCUGCUGGAACUGCUGGUCAACUACGACCUCCUCAGGACCUAGCGGUCGCCUCGCCCUGCGGCCCGAUUUCCGAACCCAGAGGCUGGAUGCCGAGCAGCUGACGACGGAAGGCCUCGUUGCGCGGUUCUCAAGAGCGGGCUCCUGCUACCCUGCUUCCUCUCCUAAUAAUUCAAUGAAGGCCAAUAAAGGCGGAAAUUGAAA